AUGGACUCGAACCGAGGCAAUGUGCCCGAUAACGGCCAAUACGAUGAGGCGUGGGCACACGAUCUUCGCAUCCAAUUCGAGCAGCUGCUUAGGGACAGGCGAUUAACCGAGCUCAGCAGCCGGUCUCGUCAAGGCACACCGCAGCCUCGAGAGUCGGCCUCAUCUGCUAACCUGCGAACUGCUGCCGCCGCCGCCGCCUCACCUGGACGCCCAUCAUCAUCACAUACUGCUACUCCGCCUGCGUAUGCCUCGCUGCGUCAUAUGCCAAAGGUGCCCACAGCGCCGGCUGCGAAUGACAGGGAAUCACAAAAGUUUAGAAACCUUCUGGUUACCCUCUCACAAACACCAACAAAAUACGAGAACCCGGGACUGCUCGACGAGGCGCUUCAGGUCAUCCCGUUGGAUCGGAUCUACGGAGAGGCCGAGGAGGAGACACAGGUCUUGCAGGCACAGGCCGAGAGCAUGGGCGACGGCCGGAAGCCCGAAUGGGGCUACCAAGAUUGCGUAGUCCGAGCAUUGCUCAGAUGGUUUAAACGAGCCUUCUUCACCUGGGUGAACAACCCGGCCUGCCCAGCGUGUCUGUCACCAACAGUAGCCCAAGGCAAGACCGCGCCAACACCCGAAGAGAAUGCCUGCGGCGCCCUCAUCGUCGAAUUGUACCGAUGCUCGAACAGUGCCUGCGGGGCUUACGAACGCUUCCCCCGGUACAGCGACGUCUGGCGGUUACUGCAAACACGGAGAGGCCGAUGCGGCGAGUGGGUAAACUGCUUUAGUAUGCUCUGCCGGGCCGUGGGCAGCCGUGUCCGCUGGGUAUGGAACGCUGAAGAUCAUGUGUGGACAGAGGUCUACUCAGAACACCAGAAGAGAUGGGUCCAUGUUGACGCCUGCGAGGAGGCAUGGGAUAACCCACGACUCUACUCGGAAGGAUGGGGCAAGAAGAUGUCGUACUGCAUUGCGUUCUCCAUCGAUGGCGCCACCGAUGUCACUCGACGAUAUGUACGGAAGAGCGAAUAUUCUCUCGAGCGAACCCGAUGCCCAGAGGAGGUCCUAUUGUAUAUCUUGCAAGAGGUUAAGAACAUCCGAAGAUCCAACAUGGGCAAGGAUGAGCGAUUCCGUCUCGAGAAGGAAGACGCACGGGAAGACCGCGAGCUACGCACCUAUGUCAUCUCUUCCAUCACCCAGGCCGUCACCCAGCUCGUACCUGGCGCCGCACCAGUUGCACCCAGCGCUCCACCUCAGCCCGCGCGACGAGCACCAUCAUCUUCCGACGACACCAAGACUCCGGCCGAAAUGCCUGGCCGACAAAGCGGAAAUGCUGAGUGGGUUGCCGCCCGGGGCGAAAACGGAAGAAGACAGCAGUUCCAGCCUCCGCAAGACCCCUCGCGCCGACCUCCUUUCCCCUAG